AUAAGUAAUUUGCUGUUGUCAAAAACCCUAACUGGACCGACAAAGGGUUUAUCCUAACCGGACCGAACCCUUCUUUCCCCACUUCGAAUCUCUCUCUUCCAUUCUCUUCUUCACUCUCUUUCAGAUUUCUCCUCUCUUCUCUUUUUGCGUUUUCAUUCCUUUUUAUUUCUGAAUAUUUUAGCUUACAACUAUGGAGGAGUUAUCUUCUCUCAUUACGGUGGAGAAGACCAUGCGCACCGCCUCUGCUGUGGAGGCCAUGGCGGUGGACACAAUUCUUGUCGCCGCCAAAUCUCUCCUUUGCCUUCUCAUUCUGACCGCCGGAUCUCUGCUGACUGACAUCACCCCAGAAUUGACCCCAAUAGAUGGAAGGUUUCCUUUUGCUGAUCUCUACAAGGGAAGGCAUUCUUACCUUGUGAACAAGGAUGCCAGCGAGUCAGAUGAAGACGAAGAAGAAGAAGAUGAUGACGACGCAAAUGAUCAGGAUGAUGAGGAAGGAGAUGAAGACUUCUCAGGUGAAAGUGAGGAAGAGGCUGAGCCGGAGGAUGAUCCCGAGGCCAAUGGUGCAGGUGGGAAAGAUGGCGAAGAUGGCGAAGAUGGUGAUGAAGAUAAUGAAGAAGAUGAAGAUGAAGACGAGGACGAGGAAGAGGAUGGAGAUGAAGAUGAAGAUGAAGAUGAAGAAGAGGAAGAGGUUCCACAGCCACCUGCUAAGAAGAGGAAGUAAAAGUGUAGUAGAUGGUACAGUGUUUUCUUUUUCUGCCAUAUAAGCCCUAGCCAAUCUUAGUUCUCUCCGAACAAAAGUUUCUUUCAUCUUUCAAGUGGAGCCUUCUCCCCAUAUAAAAGUUCAAUUUAUGUGUAUUAUCUGUUAUUUGAGUUAAUUUUUGCCUACUUUAUUUAGUCUUAUCAUAUUUGUUAUUAUUGAAACCCAAUUGUAUAAAAAGCAAAACCAGAUGAGUACUGAGUCAGUAGGGCAUGUUGUGGUUUUACUUAACUUUAAUAUAAUAGAAAUGUCAGUAAUGUA